GAGAUUCUGUGGGUGUGUGUGUGUGGUGGGGGGGUGUCGGGACUCGUUUUGUCGUUACUUAAAGCUUCUACCGGCUGCGCGUGCUUUUAUGGGGGAGAGAAGAAGAAGCUCGAGCCGCCACACGUUGCCGCUGCGCGAGCCGCUGGUGCCAGAUAUGGAUAGCGCGCGGGACAGCUCCGGACGCUGGUGCGCAUCUUCAUAAAGUGCGACACUCCGACACUGAAGAGGCUUUAAAAGAAAAAAGAAAAAACCUGCAUCUGUCUACUGUCAAGAGACAAGGAGAAACAAGCUCUUCUUCCAAAAAAAAACUUCAGAGAAAAGUACUUUUUCUUUGUUAAAAAAACAAAAAACUCAUCUUCUCAGGAAGCUUUGAAGAUGCGUCAAGAGGUGGAGAGGAGAUUUCAGAUGCUGGUCGUGCUUUGGUCGAUACUUCUCGUUAGUUUGGGGACUGGGUUUCCCACCAGACGCAAGAAUGUUGCCCACAAAGCUCACGGCCACCCAGCUCACAGUGGUGGGGUCCAGUAUGUCCCAGAGGCUUUGGAGCAGCAGAACCAGGUCCAGAGUCUGCUGCCGGAGCCCCACAGCCACCAGAGGAGGUGGUCUCACUCCCAGCAUCGGUCCGUCGGCGUUCUCCCACAGCCCGAGCCUGAGGAGGAGACCAAACCCUUCAUCCUGGACCUGAAGAACUUUCCAGACCUGGCCAAUGCUGACAUCAACUCGCAGAACCCCAACAUACAGGUGACUAUUGAAGUGGUUGACGACCCUCAGAUGGAGGUAGAGAAGGAAGUGGCCAAGGAAAAAGACUGGCUACCCUCCUCUUCCUCCUCCCCCUCUUCCACAGUCGAUUGGCUUGGAGGCAAGAAGCUUUUCUGGCCGCUGUUUUGGAGUUACACCGACGCCGAUUCCAGCGAGGACAGCAACAGCCGGUCAGGCGUGGGGGAAACUGGCGAGGAAGAGGAGGAGGAAGAUUACUCUUUGGAUUACGGCAGCGAGGAGCCCUUACCCAGCGGAGUAGGCGGAGACUGGGAUACUCGUUGGAACGAAGGCUGGGAUCCAAUGCAGAGCUACUAUGAGAAGGACACAGAUGAGUGGACGCCCUGGUCUCCCUGUUCAGUCACAUGUGGACACGGUGAGAAGAAAAGGACCAAGUCUUGCGGCUACUCCUGCACUCUGACCGAAGCCUCCAAGUGUGACCUGGAGCCUUGUCCUGGUGAUGUCAACACUGUGGUAGAGCCUUUCCCUUUCGAGAUGGAGAAUGGCACUGAGCCAUUUGGGACAGAUGUGGACAGCUGUGAGAAGUGGCUGAAUUGCAAGAGUGAGUUCCUGCAGAGAUACCUCCACCAGGUUCUGUCUGAGCUGCCCAGCUGCCCCUGUUCCUACCCGUCUGAGGUGUCGUACACUGUGGUCAGCGUCUACGACGAGACUCGCGGCCGGCCGUUCCGGUGGCGCGACGCCAGCGGCCCCAAGGAGCGCCUGGACAUCUACAAGCCUUCGGCGCGCAGCUGUAUGCGCUCGGCGCUUUCCAGCGACUCGUCGACUCUUGCAGCGCAGCACUGUUGUUACGACGACCGCGGGCGGCUGAUCACGAGGGGGAAAGGCGCGGGCACGCCUAACCUGAUCAGCACCGAGUUCUCACCCGAGCUGCACUUCAAAGUGGACGUGCUGCCUUGGAUCCUGUGCAAGGGAGACUGGAGCCGCUUCCACGUGGUGCGGCCGCCCAAUAACGGAUUGAGCUGCCCAGAAAACCCCCACGAAGACGUCUUCAUAGACGAACUGGAAGAGGCCAGGGAGUACUGAGGGACCACAGCCAAAACUACCACUUCCACUCAGAGAGUCCGAGGGCCCAACUUAAUUUGAGAGGAGACAGCCGACCUUAAUAGUCAUGAAAUAUUACAUCUACACAUCCAGCCGCUAAAGCUGCAUUAAUGACUCAGAGGAAAUUUACAGUUGUGAUUGGGAGUUUAGGAAUAACGAUGAAGUCUGGUUGUCUCAAGUUAGGAUUUGGCAGAGUGUCCUGAAAUCCAGCUCAACUGAACUGAACUGAAUGGGCAAAAAAAAAAAACUAUAUAUAUAUAAAAAAAAAAGAAAAAAAAUGCAGUGUUGUCCCAUCGCUUGCCAAUCUCUUAUACACAUCUGGCAUGACAUCAAGCUCUUUCUUUUUAUAUUCAGUACUCUCUCCUGGGUGCGUGUAAGCAUGAUGUCUACCUACUGGCUUUUGUGAUGGUGUCCUGGAGCGCUCAUGAUCGGCAAUAGCAACAUAUGGUUAAACAACCUCGUCGUGCUUCUUGUAGGUUUAACAUUCUGAUAUAUAAUAUGAAUACGAGCUGGUUAUAUUGAUGAAACAAACACGUGGAGUCCAACAGAAUAUCCUGAAUAACUAUGCUGCUACAAUAUAAAAUCCUUUAGGUUUUACAAAGGAUUUAAGGGGAAGAUCAGUAGAUCACAGUAACGAACGUUUUGGCCAGUUCUUCUGAGUCAUUAAACUACAAAUAAUCGAGGAAUUUGGGAUCUCAACCAGACAGCUAAGCUAAAAGGAUCUGAAACAUCCUCCUGUCCUUAUCGAUCUUGCUAGCGAGGAUUACGAGAGUAGCCUUUAGGCAGUAACGAUGCGGGAACAGCACAUUUGAUUGCAAAUGUUUUGUCACACAGAUUGAUUUCAUGUGUUUCCUCACUUUUUUUUUUCUUUCACAGCCAGGAAAAUAUAUGAUCUGGGUGCCAAAGAGAUUAAAAAAAACAAAAAAAAUCAGACUGUUGGUGCCUGUGUAAAUCCAGCCUGCAACGUCUCUACGGUGCAAAUGUAGGGAUAAAAAAAAACAAACAAAAGAAAAAAAAAAAAACAGAGUGAUUAGAUUGUUCUCAUAGAUGCAAUGUUCUCAGGGGGACUAACUGACCAUGACAAACAAAUUUGUUCAUCAUUUACCUCGACAGCGGAGCACUAUUGGAUCUUGUGUAUUGGGGUAAAGAUUAGUGUAUUGAGUGUGUAAUCCAGAUUGGAAGUGAUGAACAGAUAAUGCUUUUGUGCAUAUUCAGAAAGCAGUCGGGAUCUUCACAACUGAACUGUCGAUGCAAUGUGUGGAAGAAGGAUGCUGUUAGGGUCUUUUGGGUUGAUGCGUAGAACAUGAUUGGAUAGAAAGGACAUUCAUUCUCAAGUUCCUGAGAGGUCACGUAGUUGACGACACGGGAUAUCGGUCACAGAAACUAGUCCCAAAUAUUCCGCCUUUUACUGUGGUGCAUAGGUUUCAACAGGCUGAAGCUAAACCACUGACAGCGUGUUUUAGCUUCAUAGCUGUAAUUGUGUUAAAACUCUGCACCUCACUCAAGAAACAACCCAACAACAGUGUCCUUUCCAUCCAAUCUGGUUCUACAGAUGUUUGCUCCAAACAUUUCUUUCAGGAAUUCCACCUCCAAAUGCAAACACGCAUUUGCAUUCUGGAAUCACCAAUUCUUUUUUUUCGUUUUAAAGGAAGGCACUUUAUUUUUGCCGUUUGUCGACGACAGUGUUAUUGUGAAGGGAAACUCGCCGGAAAUGCUGCAUUGUUCUAUGAAGGUGCAUAUACAUAUAUAAGUGUUCUGUUGAGGAAAAAAAGCAUGAUCUUUUUGUGAUUUCUGAAUCUAGUAUUACAUAUAUGGUGUUGUACAGUAUUUAUUUGUCUGUUCUCUUUAUUUUUUAAGUUUGCUGAAGCUUUGAAAUGUCUCCAUACUCAACACGGUGCACUAAUCGGACUGAACAACGAAGGCGCCCGUUAACAAAAGGGAAACUCUUGCCUCGUACCACGUCAUACAGCGACAACAGGUGUCUGUGUUUCAUUCCGUGUUGUACUGCAGUGCUCUAUGAAUAUGUCGUUGCAAUUAUACUGAAGAAAUAUAUAUAAAGACCUUGCAUUCAU